UCUCUUCAUAGCUUACGUUGUGCUGCAAUAAAAAUAUAAGCGGCUGCGAAGAAUACACGGUGUGUCGUUUGUCGAACAACUGUAUAUCGCGUCCGUGUCUGCUCUCUUUGCGCUGCCCUGUUGUAUUACAUACGUCGGCAUCGAGCACGAAGUGCAAAGAAGCUGAGGUAAACGCCUGUGCCUGUGUUGUAGACUAAAAGCAGUUUUUUUUAAUAUGGAGGUGAAGUUUUGUACAGUCAUUUUCAUUACUCGCUAAAAGUAAAUUUGAUUGUGGAAAAGCGGCUUAGAAAGUGUGCUGGCAUACAAACAAGGUGCUAGUCCAGUUCUUCGAAGUAUCCCGUUGACAAAUUUCGAGAUAUUCUUAAAAAUCGUAGAUUUUUCUCCACCCAAAUGUCAAAGUGAGAAAAAUUUAUACGCCAAAGCCUUUGCUAGCGAGUGAUAACAUUAUUUAGGUAAUACAACUGCGUGGAUUAUAAGUAGUAGCGUAUUGCUGAUUAGUUCUUGCCGUGGAAUAUAAUCUACAAUGGACGGAGACUCGGAAAAGCAACCGCUGCUGAAGCAAUCGUCUCAAUCCGGACAACCGGAUUCCGGAUCGGAACAACCAUCGCAGGCGAUCGUUACCGCUUCGUCUAUCGGACCGGACGAGGUACCUCCGUCGUACCAGCAGGAGCAGCAGAAUAGCGUCAUUGUAACUUGCCGCGUCUGUCAGGCCUUGAUAGACAUUUCUUGGAAGAAGGAACAGCACGUUGUUAAGUGCGUGCAGUGCAAUGAGGCUACGCCUAUUCGGAAUGCACCGCCGGGCAAGAAAUAUGUCCGUUGCCCGUGCAACUGCUUGCUUAUCUGCAAGAGUUCUUCCCAGCGGGUAGCCUGUCCCAGGCCCAAUUGCAAGCGGAUCAUCAAUUUGGCGCCAAGUCCGGUAACGCCACCUUUACUCACCAUGCCGGGCAUGUGCCGUGUUACGUGCGGUCAUUGUCAUGAUACGUUCUUGUUCGACACGUUGAAGAAUAACUUGGCUAGAUGUCCUCAUUGCCGUAAGGUUUCUUCGGUUGGUGCAGAUUUCUGCCGCAAGCGGCGCAACCUACUAUUUCUCGGUGGUUUGAUUUUCCUCGUGAUUGGUAUCGCUGUAACCUAUGGAACAAUGUCCUACGCUAAGAACCACAGUGGCAUUUUCAUCGCCUACAUAAGCCUAUUCUUGAUCGCGCUACUACUUUUUGCCAAGACGAUAUACUACUGUACACUGAAAGUUAGUAACGUGGAAGGGCCGAUUUAAGCUUGAUCAAAUCUAGCAGUUAAAAUUAAUCGGGCAGUAAAUUCGCUGUCUGCGCCUGUGUCCCUCUAAUUUUCAUAGUUAUGUGUAGUAUCUCUCAUCGAAAAACAUUGCAUGAAGGCUGGAUCUUGCAAGAUAUCCCAAAACUCUAUCACAUUCCCAGAAAAAAAUCAUUUGCUUCAGUUUGGCUGCUUGUUAGGAAUAUUUUGGUUUUGCUGAAAACAGGCCGAUUAGCUGGGUUUGUAAGCACAGAAAUAAGCAAUUGAUUUGUGUAUCAGUAACCUUCAAGGCCAUAUAAUGUAUUACAAAAACUCGCAGCAAUUUGAUCAAGGUAGACGACGUGCUGCUAGGAAACUUCGGGAAACUACGCAGAGGAAAGCGAUUUAGGGUUCUAGGUAUAAGCUAUAUUACGAUACCGUGGAUAUAUGCGAAACAUAUGCUUUACCCAUUUAUAUAUUAUAUUCAUUUGUAGUUUUAAAAUUUUACAAAUCAAAGUUACUUUGCUUGAAUUGAAAACAUGUAUAAACAGUUCAAAAAAGUAAAGCAAAAGUGAUGAUUCUUUUCUGUGUUCUAGGUUUUUUGUGUAGGUAUUAAAUUAUAGUAGAUUGGAUUGUGAAAUCAACUCAAAUAUAACAGGCUAGAUUGGCAAAUCAUUGCAGAAAAUGAUGAAUGCACUGCGAUAUUGCUAAAACAAUUAAGUUCAAAAGUACGGUUCAAACAAUCAUUUGCAUCAAAUUAAAUGCAUUAACCGAAGGAAAAGUUUACAUAUAAAACAGCAUAUAUAACAGCAUUAUCAUUACUCUAUACAUAUUUGUAAUAUUAGUAUCUCUGAAACAAGCAAUUAAAAAUUCAGAAUACUUCAAGUUUUUUGCACAGGCAGGACAGUGAAAGAAAGAAUUUGUAUAAUAAAUAAAACAUGUUGUUGUAAAACAGAUCUGACUCGAUGAAAUUAAACGAGUAAGAACAGGUAAAAUUAGAUUGGAUAUUCAAAAACAAUCGAACAAUAGCAUGAAACUUCACAAUUGACUCUAUCGAACCUAUAAAUGAAAUCACCAGCCUCGAAAAAAAUUUCUCUCUCCGUAAAAUUAUUUAAUUUUUUUCCUGAAGUUACGUUCUACAUAAAACGGUUUGCUCGACGGGAUGUCAACGUUAUAGAAUUCAAACGCAUGAAAGCAUAGAAACACAAUAACGCUGUAAAGAAAAAUCUAAAACCAAAAGUUUGAAACGGUUCUGGAACCAUUAUAAUUAAUCCAACAAUAUACACUACAUCUAUUAAUUAAACAUUACAGAAAAGAAUAAAAAUAAACGUUAGA